GCUCCACCAAGAUGGGCGCGGACAAGCCCAACGGCGUGGUCAACUACUGCCGGCGCCCACCGCAGCGCCCAUUCCUGCAAAGGGUCAAAUACUUCUUCUACAACCCUGAGGAAGGGACGGUGUUGGGGCGAACACCGCACCGAUGGGGCGUGAUCGGGCUCAUCUACCUGGUGAUGUACAUCUGCAUCAUCAUCUUCUUCUCCAUCUGUAUGUGUGGCCUGCUCGCCACCAUGGACGAGAAGAUACCCUACUUCACUCUCGCUGACUCCAUCAUUGGCAAUAACCCAGGUAUGGGUCACCGGCCGCUGGUGUACGAGGAGGGGGCGCUGAUCUGGUACAACGCAGACAACGCCACGCAGGUCCAGAAGUAUGUCGACAACAUCGACCAGUUCUUAGCUCCCUACCACAACAAGUCCCUGCUAAUCACGCAGGGUGAGAACCAGAGGGAGUGCGGCACGGUGAAGCCGCCGCGAGCAGAGGUCUGCGCCUUCAACACAAGCCAGUUUGGACCUUGCUCCUCUGACAACAAGUACGGGUAUUCUAACAAGACGCCCUGCCUCAUCAUCAAGCUGAAUAAAAUAUACGACUGGAACCCUGACUUCUACGAUGACCCCGGUGACCUCCCCCCUGACAUGCCUCCUGACAUCAAGGAGUAUAUUAACAGCACUACUACACAGCAGGAGCGUCGCAAGGUGUGGGUGUCCUGUAUGGGUGAGCGGCCAGCAGAUGUGGAUGCCCUGGGUCCACUCAAGUACUGGCCGUAUCCGGGCUUGCCUGAGACAUACUUUCCCUACGACAACACUCCGGGAUACCUGAGCCCUCUGGUCGCUGUGCAGCUACUUAAACCUACUUUGCAUCAGAUCAUUAACAUCCGCUGCCGCGCGUGGGCACGCAACAUCCAGUACACUGAGAGUCUCAAGGAACGGCUCGGCUCCACCCAUCUUGAGAUCAUGAUCGACUGAAAUGCACAUAUCAACCGGCUCAGAUUAUCUUACAAUAUCACAUUAAGUACAAUAUCAUCACACUCUCGUCCCACUGCUGGGUACAGAUCGGGCCCCUUAACUGUUUGGCGUACAGAGCAUAUUCCUUCACACUGUGCUACUGCGGGGCACAGUUUUACCAUAGAAUAAAUAAUAACACUACGUAUAGAACGAUAACUCUCCGCCCCGCACCAAUUCGUAUCGGGCGCUGACUUCACCCCCUCUGAGUCUUACUUUAGUCAUAGAAUAAGGACUAAUACUACUUACGUCUUUAGUCUUAAAUGGCCAUAAGCCAGUAAGAAGUAAGAAGAAGUACGCGUACUGUCUGUCUCGUUUACGUGGUAGGUGGCACAUGGUAAGAAUGUGAUUUUUAUACAGAGUGUUAGUGACAUCGUAACGAAAACUCAGGAGGAUGAUUCAGACCAUAAUUCUGAGUUAAUAUCAUGUGGAAUUUAUUGUCGGAAAAUUCAUUAAAAUUUUAGUGUUUUUUUUUUUCAUAAUUUCAGUAAGUACCAUACUUUUGCGACGGAAAAUUACACUUGAUAUCAACUCAGAAUUAUGGUCGGAAUCAUCCCUCAAAGUUUUCGUUACGAUUUCACUAACACCCUGUAUAAUUAGUGUCCAGGGUGUGGUCUUACUUAACAGUCGAUAAUUAAUUUUAUUAUAGUGACCGCUCUCGAACAUGAUCCUCACAGACAAUAUGCUGAGCUUCGCACCAACCCAGGAUCCUCUCCUUGGCGUUUAACGCUUAGUAUUUCGGACUCCGGCUCAUCAACUUGAAGCUUAGAUAAGUGAGGUUAUUGAGAAAAACGGGUUUAUGACAGAAGCUACUGCCCAUCUGACCUUCCAUCCCUAAUCUGCCCAAUUAUGGGCUGACUGAGUACUAAUUUUUUUCAAAAGUGAUAAAACAAUCAUGAUAAACUGAGCUUAAUGUUAUAAUAAAAAAAUAGUGAAUUUAUAUGUUUAGACAUAUGGCUAUAGCCGUUUGUGCCUUAAAAAAGUAAAAAUUACCAUUUGUAUAAGAUUUACAAGACAAAAUAAUUGAUAUCUAGUCGCGAGGUACUUAAUAAGUAUUGUGAUUCGAUAUUUAUAUAUAUCUUUUAUUGAGUUCUUAUUUAAAUAAAGUUAUAAUUGAGUUACAAUCCUGAA